GUGGCGAGCUUGUUAUAGCUCCACUGAACUGACCGAAACCUUUUGCCUUGCGGCACCAUCCGCCAAUUCAUACGUAUGCCUUCUGCAUUGACUUUCCAAAGACCAGCUGCAGUAGCUUUGUGGCCACCUAUCACAAAGGCUGCUGUUUUUUCACAGUCCUCAUUUAGUGCUCUACAAUCGCAACACCUACGAUUAUCGUAUUCUUAUGCAUUCACUCAUACCCGUCCGAGCCUCACUAGAUGGCUGACAUCGUGGUUUAUACCUCGUACACCCCACUAUGCCGUCAAACCUACUGGCGUUUUACUUACUUCUCAUCCUCGCCAUCUUUCAUUACCAAAUUGGUUACAUCGAUCAUGGUGGCUUGGUGAUAAGCCAAAAUACGAUUGUCCACUACCAGCUGUAGACUAUUACUCGUUGAGUGACCGUGCCUAUCCUUUUACUCUUCGAACUGCAGCACAGGAUUCUCUUGUCAGAGAUAGAGCUACGGCAGCAAGACCAAAUCUACCCACUCGGUCUGUUUCGAGUGCCACUUUUUUAAAUUCAAACAUGUCGCUUAUUAUCCCACUUGCACAGAUUCAGCCGAUUCCUACCCCACUUCCUAGACAUCUCACCCCCAUCAUUAAUAGCUCUAAACCUACUCCUAAAAAACCAUCUCUACUUCCCUCUGGUGCGCAGCUUCGAAAGGAUCUCAAGGUUGUGAUUGUUAUGGGUGGUCCAGGAUCGGGUAAAGGUGUCCAAUGUACUCAUUUACUUGAAAAUUUCAAUGUUGUUCAUGUAUCCACGGGACAACUAAUCAGAGAAGCGCUCGAGGCUGCCACUGCUGCUGCAAAACUCGAUUCUCAGAUUGCCACCGUUCCUGCUCCUUCCAAACUUAGUACUGCAAACACAAAACCCAAUGUGGACACACCUACUUCAUAUCCUGUUUCUCCGACUCCGAUGGAUUCACCCACUACACAUAGCGCGACGAAAAAGGCUGCGGAGGCACGUCGACAGGUUAUUGAAAACUGCGUGGCUGCCGGGGUGUUGGUGCCAAACGAGAUUGUUAUGGAGCUGCUUUGUGGGUUUUUUAUUAAUCUAGACAAGAAUGUCAAGGGUGUUUUGCUUGAUGGAUAUCCUCGAACGCUCGAGCAGGCUGAAGACUAUGUGGAAAAGAUUGGAGUCCCACAUACUGUUUUGGCGUUGCAAUGUCCUGAUGCUAUUCUCACUAGUCGGCUGCUUCGUCGAAAACGUCUUGAUGACGCAUUGCCUGCUAUUCGGCAGCGGUUACAGCACUAUCGCGUGACUAUGCCUGAACUCAUUCGUUUCUAUCUUGCAAUUGGUGCACGAACAUUUCGUAUUCCAGCAUACCUUCAUCGUGAAGCUGUUUCAAAAGCUAUUUUACCUCAUAUGCAAGGCAUUUUUGAGCCUAAAUGUGAACCAGGUAACAGAAUCUCAGGAAAUAAUGGUAGUGCCUCUGUAUCCAAUGUUUCAAAUACUGUCACUUCCAAUCCUACGGCGUAAUCCCUAAGCUGAUCAGGCGGAUUACCUCGACUUUUUGCAUCCUCUUUAUAUUCGAAUUCUGUUUAUGAUGAUCAAGGAACUGGUGUGUUCUUGGUUAUAUUUUUGGUUGGUUUUAGAAGUUUAUUUUUGGUCAAGUCGUUCUUUUUUGAAUAAUCAUUUACUAGUCUUUUUUCAUUUAUAUCAUCUUUCGAUUGGAUUGAAGAGUUUGCUAGA